AUGGAUGUAUUCUCUUCGACUACCUUGUCGCAACACACUCCUCUGGUAGUCGUAGUUUUUAAUGAUGAGGACUCCUUUGAACGGAAAAAUGUGUGGGAACCGUUGAUUAACAAGCUGAGUGACUCCCUCCAUGAUUUUCUUAUCAAGGUAGGCUACGUGACUUCUCAAUCAGAAGUUGGUCAGAGUCUUAAAAGAAUGUACGGCUUCCAAAGCCCUGCUAUAAUUUUUUUUGAUGGAUUUCUUGAAGCUCCGCCAUCAAACUCUUCGAUUCUGACAAAGUUGCCAAAGUUUUUUACUGGGGAACUGGACUUCAAAUCGCUCUUGCGCUGGAUAUUACAAUCCAUCUCUCCAGACUUCAUCACACGUCUGGAUCACGAAAAUGAUCUUUUUGAUUGGUUUAGAAAACUGCCUCAGUAUUCACAACUGCCCAGAAUCCUCUACUUUACCAAGGAACCUUAUGUAGGGCCAGUGUAUCGUGUCCUGAGUCAAAUCAUGCAACAAGACGCGGUGUUUGGUGUAGUUGUGAACGCUUUUGAGGGCGAUCCAAACAAAAAAGUGCUCGCGCAGCGGUACAACAUCAGCCAAGAAAGUGAGCUGCCUGCGUUUCUCGUGCUGCACCGUCGUGAUGGCGGAAAGACGGGUGUGGAGGAUGAGGUACACCGCCUCCAAACUGUUACCAAAAAAAGUACUGUUCAUAGUAUCAUGGAUACUCUCUUGAAAGAUCUUCCAGACGCGUCUGCUAAUGUUAUGCGUGAGUCAGGGGAAAGAAUUAAUCCCAAAACAAUUGAGAAACUCUGGGAAAGACGCCUGUACAUCCUUCGUGAAGUUGAAAAGGAGCGAAAGGAGAUCCUUAAUUGGAUGGAAAAGGAGACCUCUCAGCCAUCGACUUCUUACAACCCCCCUGUAGAGGUGCGCACGCAAGCGGAAUGGGAAAAAAACUUCGUUGUCCUGUCAAAAGGGCAUCAAUGUUUGAUAGUUUUUAGUGAACCAGCACUCAUGGAGAAUGCAACUUCAAUUUUGAAGGGUGUUGCGGAUAAAAUUGUGGGGUCGACGGGCUCGGAAAUGCUGAAACGACUUCAUUUUGUAGUUGUCGAUGCCGCAGUCAGUGGAGAGGUGAUGAGGUUCUUUGGCGCCGAUCCAAGUGGUCUCCCUGCUGUAGUCUUACUAAUGGGUGAGGCUCAGAUGUACUUCAAUUUUGAUGGUUCGUUUUCAGAAGAUCAUCUCGUCGAUUUUUACCAAAUUAAUUCGAAAGCUCAAACUGCUUCAGCUGGCAAAAGUUUCAGCACGCGAAAAAUGCCUCCUCUAUCAGUGCCUAAAGGUGAGCCCCUGACGCAUCCCUCUGAGAAUAAUCAAAAAGGAAACGAAGGCGACCUAUAG